CUGUGACGAUACAGGUUUUCGCCUCUUGCUUCUAUUGUGAGUUGUAAAUAGUGGAUCGUGGAGAAAACUGGAUGAAGGGUAAACUGUGGCUCCUAUCAGUAUGCCUAAAAAGAGAAAAAGUGGCCAGAGUCCUGCGCGGGUUCCUGGACAGCUAAACGAGUCCCGGAGCAACGACAAUCGUGUUUACGGGUCUAGUGAACCUUUCCCACAGGGUGAACCAAACAGAAGUAACUCUGGAUAUGGCAUUUCCAACUCCACUGCUCUGGGAUUUACUGAUAGGGAACAUAUAUUGAGAAACAUGGAGGAGGUAUUCUCACAUUUGGACCCCGAGGUCAUUCACAUGGUACUGACGGAGUGUGAUUUCAAUAUGGAGAAUGCAAUGGACUCCCUCCUGGAACUCUCUGAUGCUGCUAAGGGUCCACCUACUUUGCCACCUCCUGUCUCUGGUUUUGAGAUUGCAGCAGCCCUCUUAAAUCCUGACCUUCCUCAAUCCAUCACCUCCCACCCCAAAACUACAGACUCCAGUACCUUAGGAGUUCACACACCACAUGCACUCCCACACCACCUUCAGUCAGAACCAUCUUCUCUGUCUACUUCUGUGCCUCUGUCCUCUCUUCCAACUCCUCAGUUCCCUCCUCAGCAGACUUUGCUGAGUAACCCCAGUUUGCAUCACCAGACUUUCAGCCCUAAACAGAAACAGGCCAGCAGAGGGAAUUCCCCAGUGGGGGAGCUAAGCUUUGCUGCCGGGGCUACUUCAGUUAAUCAGAGUGAUCGACUGGACUUCAGUCACCUAAUUGGGGGGUCAGUUGGACUAGGGGGCAGCGGUUCAGCCUUCCAGGCCUAUCGCAGAGAUGAGCAGCCUCGUGCAGUGGGAGCCCCCUGGAACAUCACGGCACCAGAGUUCCACCCACGAGUAGAGGUGCCGUCCUUCAUCACGCCGGUAGUACAAAAUCCCACCCUUGCUGCCCGUUGGUCAACUUAUGCGUCUGUCAGCCAGGCCCCUCUAAAACCCACAGCAACCAUCCCCACCUCAUGGACCACACAGCAACCUCCAGUCUACGGCAACAAACCCACUACAGCUCCCACCCCUAACCACAGGCUCUGCUUCGAAGGCAGGGUUGUAGUGCUGCUUAGAGGAGCUCCAGGAUCUGGCAAAUCAACUUUAGCCAGGGCACUGUUAGACCACAACCAUGGGGGUGUGUCUUUAAGCACAGAUGAGUAUUUCUGUCGCCAUGGAGACUACUGCUACGACCCAUCGGAGCUGGGAACAGCACAUGAGUGGAACCAGCAAAGAGCUAAAGAGGCUAUGGAGAGGGGCCAAAGUCCUGUCAUUAUUGAUAACACUAACUUGCAGAGUUGGGAGAUGAGACCCUAUGUGGCCAUGGCCUUGAAGCAGAAAUACAAAGUUGUGUUCAGAGAGCCAGACACGUGGUGGAAGUUCAAGCCCAGAGAGCUGGAGAAACACACAAAGCACGGUGUGAAUCGAGAGAAGAUUCGACGGAUGCUGGAUAGCUAUGAUAAGCAUGUCUCUGUCAACUCCAUCAUGGGCUCUGCACGACUUGAUCUUCACAGAGAGCCUCCUGUGACCUCUGACCUGCCGCGGCCGGACCUGCUGGAACCCCCUCCUCCUGUUUCUCUCCCUGACGUGUCCUCUGUGCCUGUGCGCAGUUUCUUUAUGGGACAGCCACCUGAGCUCCUGGACUCUGUGGAUCUCUAUCAGGACCCCCAGGACGUGGACCAGCGCUUACAUGUGGAGCUGCCUGUGAUGUUCUCUCAGUCUAUCGGUCAGCGGGAGAGGAAGGAGAGAGACAGAGGGAGGCGUCCAGCUAAUUCCCAGCCUGCUGCAGCGCUGAGCUCAGCUGCCGCACAGGGGUUUGUAGAAGCGGACUGUGCCACGGGCAGUGACGAAGAGAUUUUUGCUGCAGGCAGUGCAGAGGUGCAAGCGGAGGUUGCCAAGGGGGGCGAUGCACAGGGAGCGCCACUCACGUUUAUUGGAGAUUGGCCCUGCGAGAGUCAGGGGCCCCGAGGUCAGCGCACCAGCAACCGCAGGCUCGGAGACAAGGAGGCACACGGCCAAGAUGACGCCGGUGGCGCCGAGGUGCGGCGAGCUGGGGGUGGGCCAGACUUCUCUGAGUUUCAGAAGCUAAUGGACCUGCUCCAGGGAGAUGCGGAGGUGGACGGCCCCAUCGAGCUGUCUGACAGCGAGGAGGAGAGCAGCCCCAGCUCUGGGCCUGACACCCAGCCGCCGUCACCCAGCUGCCUGACCGAGGACACCACACAUGUUCCCAACCCGAGCAGAGAGGAAGAGCGGACGGGAGCUGAAAAGGGAGAGGAGGACAGAGCACAGGAGAGUGGGGAAGAAAGUAACAAAGAAGAGGAGGAGAUGGAGAAGGACAGAAAGGAUGAAGGGAAGGAGAUAAAAGAAGGCAAGGAUGGGUUGGAGGAAGUGAGUGAUGCAAAAGGGCUGGAGGGAAGAGAGGAUGGAGAACGAUCAGGCGGCGGUCAUGUCUCGGAAAAGAGGAGAGUUAACCGGCGGUCAGGCAAAUCCUGCCGACUGGCCCUCACAUUCACCAAUCAGGCACCUGCAUCAGUGUCACCCCACCACACACAGACUGAAUCGCCACUACAGCCUGAGUGCCAAACUCAGGACACGUCCAUAGAGGUGGUUCCAUCCUGCAGUAUCUCCACACAGACAGAGUCCUGUGAUUUUGCCCUUCUCUGGCGACUGGAGCACGGGGGGUUGUGGGAAGGGGCUGGCGAGAAAGUCCUGACAGGAAAUGCAUCACACUUUGUCCCCGCUGUCUCUGAGGCGGAGAGCGCAUGUCUUGGCCGACGGGUCACCCACGAUCGAGGGGCCCAAGUGGAGGAGGAGGAGCUCAUGGAGGCCCGGACGAAAGACGAGGGUCUGAGUAUCCUCAUGCGCCACUUUACAGGCGUCGCCGUGGAAACGCUAAAUGACCUGUAUGAGAAAUGCCAACAAGACCUGGAGUGGACCACCAACCUGUUACUGGAUUCUGGAGAGAGACUGAGCCGUGAGGACGAAGAGGCAGAAACUGAAGAUGAGGAUGAAUUGGGUAGGCUUAAAGAGGGUGAGAGGGAGAAGGCAGAAGAGAAGGAUGAGGCGGAGAGAGAGAAGAUAAAGGACAGUGAAAGAGAGGAGGUCAAAGCUGUCGGGAUUGGAAUCACAGAGAGCACGAGAGAAGACACGGAAGCAGAUGUCCGCAGUCGUGACCCAGCUGACGUGAGGGUCAGCAGACCAGACGAGGCUACAGACGGCACACAUGUGAGGUCAGAGGUUGAUGAAGACGAGGCACAGCCCACGCGGGACUCUAAAAGCCCACCAGAGCCGUUUGCACACGAACCAACAGCCCAAGCCACAAUGACCAGUCAGUCACAAGAGGCUGUACAGCAGCAAGAGUCUUCACAGAGUCAGAGGCAUCUGUCUGAAUUUGCUGGCACCGGGACAUACUUGUUCUUGGAUGCCUGCCCUGAAGCGUCUGGAUGGACAGUGGGAUUCCAGGAAGAAGAAGAUGGAGGGGUAGAGGGAGAUGGAAAGGAGGACAUGAGGAGAAGAGUGGAGGACGUGGACGCUGUUACUCAGUCGAUACUGUCUCAUCUGGAGAAGUUGACGAAGAGAGAGGAGGAUGAAAAGGAGAGGGAGAAGCAGGAGAGAGAGAGGGAGAGACGAAAGGAGAGAACAAAGGGAUCUAAGCCACUGGACAUUCAGACUCUGGAACUCAAACUGCCUACUGAGCUUGCACUACAACUCACGGAGCUGUUUGGCCCUGUUGGCAUCAACCCAGGUGAGUUCUCGGAUGACUGUUCUGUUAAGAUGGACCUGAACCUUGCUCGACUCCUGCAUCAAAAAUGGAAAGAAACCAUCCAGGAGAAGCAGAGACAAGCUUCACUGUCCUACCACCUACUACAGGAAAGCUCCGUCCACUGGGGUGAAUCACAGAGUGGCAUGUCCAGACCACAAGACGGGACUAAACCUCACUUUCUGAUUGGUGUCGAUGGCUAUGCAUCUCUCGUUGGCCAAUCAGAUUACACUGAAGACACUCCAAUUGUGGCAAAUCAGAUUACACUGAAGACACUCCAGCACAGGAAUCUUUCCCAGCCAUAUGUGUCUCUAAGGGAUAUCAUGUCAGAAGAACAGGCACUACAAGACAUCGAAAAGUCCAGAUUGAGUCACUGGGAUCCAGAGCUGAGAGAUGGGGCUGCCAUGUUGAAGGAGAAACAGCUGUUCUCACUCUUCCCCACCAUCGACAGACUCUUCCUCAAAGACAUCUUCAGACACAACAGUUACAGUCUGGAGCAGACUGAGAAAUACCUGCACUGUCUUCUGGAUGUGGGGCCUGUCAAAAAUGUUGUGGCAACAGACUCUGGCCCCCAACAUAACCACACUCACACACCAAGAACACCCAGCAAGGAAAGGAAACAGCAGGAGCCUGAGCCAGUGUUCCAGGAAACAGACGAGCCUGAGUAUCAGGACCUUCGGGCAGAGGCCAACCUGCAUAGGUUCAAACAACAGGAAUGCUUUAGCAAAGCAGCUGAGGCCCAUAGGCGUGGCAAGAGACAGGUGGCAAGCUUCUAUGCUCAACAGGGCCAUUUGCAUGGUCAGAAGAUGCGAGAGGCGAACCAUCGUGCUGCACUGUGCAUCUUUGAGCGAGUGAAUGCCUCACUUCUGCCACAGAAUGUUCUAGAUCUCCAUGGCCUGCAUGUCAGCGAGGCCCUAGAACACCUCCAGAGGAUCCUCAAAGUGAAAAGCACAGAGUACAAACAGGGUCUAUGCAAACCUCAGCUGUCAGUCAUCACAGGAAGAGGAAACCGCAGCCAAGGGGGAGUGGCCAAAAUUAGGCCUGCUGUCAUCGACUAUCUCAAGAGCAAGCAUUACGAGUUUACGGAGCCAAAUGGAGGUUUAGUUCUUGUCUCAUUGCAGAAGGAGGUAAAAGCAUGAAUGAUGACUGCUGCUGCCGUGGGCCCUUCACCCACGCAGCCUCCUCUUCCUCCUCUGCCUCUAUUCCAAACGGAUGCUCAUGUCUGUUGCUGGAGCUGCUCUGAUCUCCAGGCCUGCUCUCCCAGGGCGGACCAGCAGUCAGCACUGUGUGUUGUGUGAAGAGGAUCCUUUAAACAUCUUCAGUGCACAGUACGCCUGAGACAUUUUUAAAUGAUAGUUUGUUUGGAAGUAGAGCCUAUGAAAUAUUUUGCUUAUUGUUAUUUUGCACCAUGUUAAUCUGCCUUCACAGAAUACCUGUGAUUGUCUUGUACUGCUUUGAAUAUAAAAGACUGGUGGUGUCUUCAACUGUGCAAAGUGGGCACAUUCUUAAUCCGUUAGCACCAUAAAUGUUCUCGUGAUCGCCAGAAACUCAAAAACCUUAAGAGGACAUGGGCAAAAUCUGAAAAUCUCUUUUUUUGGUGAAGUAUCUGGUGUGCAACAGAGUUUCUCGUCUACACUUAGAAACAUUUUUUUUGCACAUGUCCCUUUAGGGUCUCUGUACGGUGACAUUCUCAGGGCAAACUAAUGUCUUCUCUGUGUACAAAUAUGUUCUAUAUUUGAUAGUUGAUGUUUUAUUUUGUGUGUGUUGAAGUGAGAGAGAGCAGAUGUAUAAAGGGAUGUCUCUUCUCACUUUGGCAAAUUUAGCUUGGCAAUGCAUGUUAACGCUUUAGUAAUGGCUUGACUAUUUUUAUCUGGUCCAUUGUUAAACCUCAAUGUGAAUUGAUAUGGGAAUUUAUUAGAAUGUAAUUCUAGUUUCAAUGAAAUUGUUGGCUUAAUUGUAAAUAUUUCCUUUCCCGUUUUUAUACUCAUGUAAUCAAGGCAGAAUAACUUGAUUUUUUUUAAACUGAAAAAAGUGUUUUAACAAAUUUAAAUGUAUAUUUUGUAUUGCCCUAAUGGGGAUUUAUUUUGUUAUUAAAAUGACAAAAUUAAAAGGCUACCACUA